AUACAAAUCAGAGUGUGUGUUUUCUUCUACCCAAUUCAUCACGAGAGAGAGAGAGAGAGAGAGAGAGAGAGAGAUGGGCAUAUAGAAUGAGAGGGGAGGAGUAAAAAUAAAAUUGUGUUGUGUGGUUGCAGCAGAGGGCAGAGGAGAGAGAGAGAGAGAGAGAGAGAGAGAGUAAGAGGAGAGAAGACUUUUGCUUGCUUUUGAGGGCGAUGGCGGCGCGGCAGAGCUGUAAUUCUUCGUCUUUAGUGCUUAUUACUCCAACGCAGCAGCAAAGGAAUUGAAGGAGAUUGGAUUCACGCUGUCCCCCAAAAAUCUCCCACCCCCAACUAUUUGUCUGUCCCGAGAAAAAAGCCUGCAACUACACUUGCCAAAACCAACAAUUUGGCAGCAAACUCUCACAGGAAUGGAGAGAGAGAGAGAAAGAGAGAGUUCACACACCAAUACCCAAAAACGAUGAGCAAAUUCGAGAAAGAAACAAAAACCACGCACCCUCAUUGAAUUCCCCCCAUCAAACCAAACGAUCCAAGCCCAGCUAGCUACGGAAUUGAAUUCAACAAGUCCCAUCCCAUUUAUUAUUAAUUUCAGCUCUGGGUACCAAUUUAACCUAGCUAGGGAUAUAGCCAGCCCAGCAGUAGCUUUCUUUUCUUUUCUUCUUUUUUUCUUUUUCUGGGUAAUGGAUUAUCAGCCACAUGAAUUGAGGCUAGCUUUAAAAUGGCUGGGUUCUUCUCUCUAGGUGGAGGAUCAAGAGGAACAACAUCAACCACCACCACCCCGCAAAACCAUCAUCAAAGCAACGAAAUCAACCCCGAGAGCUGGUUCCUUUAUACCAGAAAUAACAACAAUACUCCUACUAAUGAAGAAGAUACUACUGCUAGUAUUUCCUACAACAAGGGUUUCGAGCUAUGGCAACAUCAACACCACCACCACCACCACCACCACCACGAACAACAAGAAGAAGAACAAAUUCAUCGCCACCAGCACCCGACGUUGCACGAUCUUUACUCUUCAGUGGCGGGUGGUGGUGGUGGUCUAGCUAUGGAAGUGGGGCCGAGCCGGGGCGGGUUUGACAUCGGAGACGAUCAGAAUUCCAGAUCUGCUGCUGCAAUCUUAAUGAUGAGAUCAACUAGUGGUGCUAGUGGUGGGACAAUUAGUUGCCAAGACUGCGGGAAUCAAGCAAAGAAAGACUGUGUGCACAUGAGGUGUAGGACUUGUUGCAAGAGCCGAGGGUUUCAGUGUCAAACUCAUGUCAAGAGCACAUGGGUUCCUGCUGCCAAAAGGCGAGAACGGCAACAUCAACUCGCUUCUUUGCAGCAACAAGAACAAAAUCAACAUCAACAUCAACAUCAACAACUGCAGCAGGAGAGAGAGAAUGCCAGCAAAAGGAUGAGAGAGAUUCCCGGCCCUAAUUCCUCCCUCAUCUGCACUCGCGUGGUACCCCACAACGCUUCAGGAGGGAUGGAGGUGGGAAAUUUCCCACCAGAAGUGAGUUCACCGGCGGUGUUUCGGUGUGUACGAGUUAGCUCCAUUGGCGAUGCUGAGGACCAGUACGCGUAUCAGACGGCUGUGAACAUCGGAGGACACGUGUUUAAGGGUAUUCUGUUGGAUCAAGGCCCCGAAAGCCAGUACCUGCCUGGGGAAAGCUCCUCUGGUACUGCACCCGGUGGACUUAAUCUCAUCGGAGCCGCCCACUCCGCCAACACAACCACCGCCGUGGGUUCCCCCGCGACCCCGUUUCUUGACCCCUCUCUUUUCCCGGCUCCCCUUUACACUUUCAUGUCUGGUACGCAAUUCUUCCCUCACCAAAGAUCUUGAUGAUACCACACCCAUCCCUCUCUCUCUCUCUCUCUCUCUCUCUCUCUCUCUCUCUCUCAGGCCCACUCACUCUAGUAGAAGGGAAAACAAGAGGAAAUGAAAACUUAUGUCGUUUGGUUGCUAGUGCAGUUUACAAUGCAAAUUGGAAUGGAUUAUGUUUGUUCUCCCUUGUUAGAAAGACUCGAUCUGUUGUGUAACGAAAUUCCAUUACGAGAAAA